GACGAAACAAAACAGUAGAACAACUACAAAUACAAGCACACCCGCGUAGAGCACAGUUGGCUGUGGACCAGACCAGGGCGCCGGAACCUGGCGAUAGUUUCAUUCUUGCCCCGACGAGAAGUUGCCUUAUUUCCGCGAUCUGAGACUUCUUUGUUCUGCUGCCUCCUCCUCCUCUUCCUCACCACCACCCUCAUCACCUCCUCUAUCCCUCCUCUAUCCCUCCUCACCAUGAUCCUCAGAACCCUGAGACACCACUGGUGGAACACCAAACUCAGGCGCCACCACUACAUCAUCCUCCUCGUCGUCUUCAUCUUCUGCUCCACCGUCGUCGUCCUCUUCCGCCUCGACAGCUCCCUCGACUUUAGCGUCCUCAAAGACGACCCUGACCUCCUCACCCACCUCACAAAUUUCCGUCCGUCGUCCGAAAACCUCACCGUCAACGAGUUCGAGUGGAUCGAGCCUGAGGAUCAUGAGGACAUCGUCCAGCUCAAAGCAGACCCGACCCUGCUCGACUCCCUCGUCUCAGAAGUCGACGUCGCUCAUGCGGCAACCCACUCUGUCCCCUCCAUCCUCCUGAUCUCGCACCACCCCUCCACCGCCGCUGCUGACGCAGAGCCCACGCCCGUGUUUGAGAGCGAGAGCGCGCUUGCUGUCGACCCUCAGCCAACCCAAGUCGAUCCAGACUACGGCGAUGAUCUCGAAGACGACGCCUACUACGGCAUGCCCUCCACUCUCGUCACGCAACUGCGCGCCCCCUCCGCCACCGCUGCUGCCGCCGAAGAGUCCCCGAUCGCAGAGAGCAAAGAAGAAGAAACGUUCGAGCGCGAGCCGCCAAAGUACGGCAAGCUCGUCGACACCCCUAAAGGGCCGCGCGUCGUGCACAUGCUCACUCCCUCAACGACCAUCAACCAGCUCGUCUGCAAGUCCCUGUUCUCGUCCGCGCUCAACAACUACCCGCACCCGAUCCUCAUCAACUUUGAGCACAAAGUGCGCGACGAGUUCGAGGCGCAUUUCCUCAAACUGACCUCGAUCCACGAGUACCUCGACUCGGACGACGUCGAGGAAGAUGACCUCGUCCUCAUCUUUGACGCCUUUGAUGUCUGGUACCAGCUCGACUUCCAGAUUCUGAUCAACCGCUACUACGAGAUGCAGGCUAAGGAGGAGGCCAACAAAGGCGCAGACUACGCCGAGAGCGCGGUCUUUGGCGCCGACAAAGGCUGCUGGCCCAACGCGCCUACUUCGGACGCCUGCACAAAAGUACCCCAGUCGACGCUCGCCGACGACGUCUACGGUCCCGGAACCGACAAGUCUGCCAUGGGUUUCCGGAACCGGCCGCGCUGGCUCAACUCUGGCACAAUCAUGGGCCCGGUGCCGGUCGUCAGGGAGGUCUUCAACCGCGCCGUCAAGGCGACCCACAACGCGUUUAACUCUGACCAAUUUGUGCUCGCGGAAAUCUGGGCCCAGUUUGAUCUGCCCAUCAUCCUCGACUACGAGUCCUACCUCUUCCAGACUCUCACGCACUCGCACAGCGACGUCGUCUUUCUCUACCAAGAGCAGAUCGAGCCCGGCCAGGUCAUCUCCGGACCGGUCGUCGACCCGCUCACGAAGGACAAGUCGACGGACGGUGGCCGCACAAACUCCAACCCGAUCGACAGCUUCAACGUGCUCGACAACACGCCGCUCGCGCUCACGCCGUUCCUCAACGGCACGCGACGACAGCGCAUGUGGAGGCUCUCGAACCACCAUACGGCCUGGAACCGCGUGUCCGGCAACGUGCCUGCGAUCCUGCACCUGAACGGCGACAAGUCCUGCCUGAAUACCUGGUGGCACAAGAUGUGGUGGGUCCACGACGUCACGCAGUACCAUCAAUGGUAUCGUCUCAAGUACGUCCGGCACGAAGGCGGCGCGUUCCUCGAUAAAGUGGACGGCACGAUGGAGUACCGCGACUUUGACCAGAUGUGCGGGAGUUAUCCGAUGUUUGAUAUUGUAAAGUCGCGGUUAGACGGGCAAAAGAUCCGCAAGGGAUCCCGGCCGUCGAUCGACCCGGAACCGUUCAUGGUGGGUAUGAAUCCGCACACGACGCCUGCUGAUGUGUGGGAGGAUCUGAUGAAGCUGAGAGAUAAGAAGCUGCACGGAUCGAAAUCAGCUGCGAGAAAGAAGCACCCGACUCUGUAAGCGCAUCUAUUUGUUAUUAUCACCGGUGUUUGGUUUUUUCUUCUCCUUUGCACUUUCUAUCUUUUUUGCAGUCUCUUUAUGUUUCCGUGACUGCAUUUCGUUGUACUUUUACGUCUUUUCGUCGUUUUUAUUCUGUGUCGUUGCUAUUAUUGAUGUAUCCUGCUUUCGAAGCGGGCUGUGAUCUUUAUGAGGAUCUUUUGAAUAAGUCUAGAUUAAUAUGUGUCUUCCGUGUCUUUUAGUCGAGAAUAAUAUCUGCUCAAUCA